GCAUUGUUAUGGUUUAGUCUGUUUGACAUUACCCGCCGUUUCUGUUGGCAGCUUCACGCUUCUUCUAUAAGCUCAGUCUUCCUAACAAUCUCGCCCUCCCAAUCCCCACUUCAAGAUUUCGCCCUCGUUUAUUGAGAUAGGAAUCCUUCCUUAAAUGGAAGAAUUGCGAUUACGCAUCAUCAUCGUCUUCAUACUGUUCCAGUAGCAUUAGCUAUGGGUUUGUGCAAUUUGAUUUUGCGGAGGCUGGUGUCUCUGCUGCAGCCAUGGCUGCCCGAAGACUCGGACGUUCGGAUGAAUUUGGGGCUUACUCGCUCCACCAUCGUUGCCCACAAACUCCAUUUUAACGUUUCGGCUCUCAAUGAUCUAAUUGAGGAGACCGCCAUAAGCAUGUCCUUCAAAGAGGUGACCAUCGACCACUUGAGCGUUGUGGUCACAUACUGGCCCUUCCCGGCCUUCGAGAUCACAGUACAUGACGUCCAUGUAACGGUAUCUAUCAGGGAGGAGAUUUCGAGAGGUAAACGGGAAUCCAAUAUCUUUUCUGAAACUUUGAGCAAGAAUCUAUCUGCUAUCGAUCCGGAGGGUGUUACUUUGCAUGAUAUCAUGAAGAGUUUUCUGGACCCACCACCAAGAUAUCGGUUGAAAAUAGCUUCUAGAAAUCUACUACUCAAACGUGGUUGUCUACAGAUGUAUAAUAUUAACUUGGUACUGGAGUUCCCAAUCUUUAACAAUGUCUUUGAAUGUUCGUUGAGCAUAAAGCGCCUAAGUGCCAAAUCUGAAAACAGAAAUAAUGGAUGUCUUUAUGAGUUCAUACAUGCAAUGUUUAAACCAAUAGCACAUAGCUGCCUUAUCAUCACUGGCAAUGAUCUUGAGAUUGUGUUGAAGAGGGAAGCUCAGAUUAGUAGAAUCUUGAAUUUAGAAGUAAUAUUCAGUUGCUGCAAAUUGUAUGAUCUACAGCUUGUUGACGUGAAUCUUAGAAUUCCAGAAUUAGGUCUUUCAGUUUAUCCAGUUGCGGUUUCAAUAUAUUCAGUAUUAAAUGGAAUGUCAUCAAAAGAAUACAAGUUUGCUCGAAAUGGUAGGCAACUAUGGAAACUAGCUGCUCGAAGAAUUAGCCACAUUACUUCAUCACCAGGCGUGUCAUUACAUCAUCUUGUCACUAUUGUCAUGCUGUGGAUACAGUAUAUCAAUGCCUAUGAACUUUUACUACUAUUAACUGGAUAUCCUGUGGACAAUUUGAUGAAAAAAUUCACUGAUAAGAUUUCUUGGGACAGAAAACUCUACAUUUCUUUCAAGAAACAUUGGAUGUCAAUCCUGGAUAUUGAGGAGAAGUUACCAAUUGAAUUCAUUGCACAGGCACGGAAAAUAGCACGAUAUAGAGCCAUCAAGAAUGUUAUAUGUGUAGAAGAGAAAAAGGAAACAUUUAGCUUCUUCCAGUUAAAAUUAUUUCGUCAGAUCUUUUCAAUGCUUUUAUGCAUUUGGAAAAUGGUUUGCAGUAUAUUUUGUUUCAUAGAUGGAUACAUAGUUAGAAUCUUGACUCGACCACAGAAAAUUGAUGGAUGUUUAGAAAUUGUAUCCCAAAAUUCAAAUUCACAGUUUUGCUUUAUGUUGAAUAUUGGAGAACUGUUAGUGUCUAUUUAUCCCACGCAUGAAAUUCAACCUCCGACAAUUGAAAACCUCAAAUCGAAGUUUGGGAUCCCAUCCUCCUCCUUAAUUUCUUUCCAUUUUUCCUUUGAUGCACUCUUAGCCAUGUACAUGGCAGACCUUUGUGAACAGUCUUUGCUCAUAUCCUGUGAUCAAUUCAAUGUUACUUCCUUACCUUCUGUGGAGGCUUCUGUUAGUAGUGUCCGUUCCAGUGAUCUGCUAGGGGAGUAUGACAUAAAAACAGCAAAUAAUCUUAAAUCUAUUAUUUGGGGUGAACCUACUCGGAUCUUUCUUCCUUCUGAUGGUCGUGAAACAGAUAUUGCUGACCUUGGUGAAGUUGAUUGCAAUCCGUUCAUAGUGAAAUAUUUGGAGGGGAUGUGGUUGAGAUGGAAUUCUGUAUGCAUGAAUCUUGAAGAAAGUGGGAUCAAGUUUUCAGAUAAUCCUUGGUUUCUUUGUGAAAUCAAUAGCUCAUUGACAGAAUCAGUGCUUGAGAACUCAAAUAAUUCAUUAUGGAAAUGCAAUUUGGCUCUAGGUAAGCUGAAUUUAGCUUUGGGAUAUUCAUCUCUAUUAUCAGCAUCUUUGCUCCUUCAAUUGAUGCAACAACGUGCUUAUUGUUGGACUGAGGAUGAGCAAAGGCCUGAAGUUUCUUUGCAUGCACCAACAGUUACUGCAGAUGAUAGAGUAGUCUGUGUGAAUAAUAAGUAUGAGAACUGUGCUAGUCAAUUGAUGACUCCAUUGCUGAAGAAGCUACCACUAAAACACAUUCAAGUUGCAAUGCACGUAGGUGGAUCUCACAUCCAAAUGGCACUUGAAAAGGACUUCAAUGAUGACUACGUAAUCUCAAGUGAGAGAGCUCAAAAGGGUGAUUCACUCGUUGCACUUGAUAUACAUGAAGUUGAAAUUGCUGUUUGCCCGGCUUCCAAUUCUGAUUGGAUAUUUCUAAUGGAGGAGUCCUCUGAAGCUGAUGAUAAAGAAGUGGAAUAUCUCUCUUUGAAAGAACCUCGUAUUUCAACAAUUGGUGACGAAAAGUAUGCAUCUCAAGGAUUGGUUUCCUUCUGGUUCUACCUACAAGCUAAAGGGUUAAAAGCAUAUAUAGUAAAUUCGGACGAGAAACAACAGAACCAAAUAUUCAUUUUUAAUCCAAUGCUGAUCUUAUCACCAGUUGUCAGGAAAUCUGUUCACUCAUUUAGUGAGGAUGUCAAUGCUUUCUCAAUAGCUUUUGACUGUAAAACCACAGGUUUCACUGCUUUAUCAUAUAUGGAGGAUUUAUAUCUUAUCAUGAAGGUUAUAGGACAUUUGACCGCUGCAAUUUCUUAUCUAGGCUCUACCAGUUGGGGCUCCCAGAAAUUUAUGAAUCAAAAUAUCAUUCUCAAGAAGCCCAUGCCAAAGUUUGUACAUGUGAAAGAAGCUUCAAUAAGUUGUCGUAAUAGUUCUAUGAUUCACGGGACCUUUAUAAUCAAGCGGAUGGAUGUCAUUCUUCAUAAUUCUCGGACGAGUGACACUUUCAACAGUUAUAAGAUCUUUUCAAAUAGCCAGAAAAUGGUAGAGAUGAAUUCCCCUGAUUGUGGAAUUUGGAUUUCUGUUGAUCAGGGAAGAGUCAAGGUAACAUGUGAAGAGGAUAAAGUUGAUAUUCUUACUGAUAUCUCUAAUAUCAAUUCAGUUAUAUUUAGGUAUCGCGAAAGUGAUACAGACGAAUCUGUAUUCAAAUCUCUGCGGACACAAUUACUUAAUUGCCAUGUGUACUUCUAUCAUCAGAUUUCUCUUUCUCAUUUCAUGCUUGCCACAUUUUUGAGUUCACAUAAUGGCUCAUCUUCAGAAGGGUUGAGGAAUAUUCGCAACAGUUAUAUUUCUAGAAAUAAUGAAUUGAACGUGGAGGAUUCUGACAUGGCAGUUAAUUCUGGGGGGUCAGGUGAACAGUCUGGCUUUGUUCAGGCUCUGGACAUUUUUUCCACUUCACCAUGUUCAAAUUUUCAGUUGCUUGUAAACAUUGAAAUUGGUAGGAUUCUCGUAACGAGGUGCUCAGUGUAUGACAUCUUAGUUGGAGCACAUCAACUGAGUAAAAUUUCGUCAUCUCUCUCUAUUGGGGGAGAUUUUCAGACCAUCUUUUGGAAGAUUCAGGGCGGUCUUCUUUUCCUGGAACCAUUGGCUUUGGCAUUCUUUAUCAAUUGUUUCGAUAAAUACUGUCAUGCCAUAGGGAGUCUUUUGUCUGUGUUGCAAUUUCCUGAUCAUCAAGAUAAGAAGGCUCAAGAAAUGAUGGAAAUUACGAGAUUGGAGGAAAGUGCUACUGAAAAUGUUGUUGACGAGACUACCGAAUCUUUUUUAAGAGUCAAAGGAAAACUUCUGGAAGUUUUUAUCCUCAAUGUCUCUAACAUUCCCCUUAUUCUUGUCGUCAAACAUGAAUCUGGUCUGAUUUGGGAAUUUGUGAUUGAAGUUGAUGCCAAUUUAAAAUUUCAAUUGGCUGAUAAUAGGAAAGAAUUUGAAAUUAAUCUUUCUCACUUGUCAAUUCUCUCCCAACAAGUUGAGGAGACCCUACCAAACAACAUUCAAAUCCCUCAUUUUUCUUCCAAUUUGUCUUCCCACCUUGUAGCUGGAGAACUUGCUGCAAGUACUCAACAUACGAAGGGAGUUCAGACAGAUAAUGAUGCAAGUAGUUCGAAACAUCCGGUUUCUCAUAAAAAAAAUUCUGGAAAUAGUCAUGUCACUGAGCCGUCUUGUUUUAGCUGUCAGCAUUAUUUAUUGAAGAACUUAGUCGCUUACUUGUCAAUUGAGGAGACGUGUAGUGAUCAAAUAGGCUUAUUAAGUAAAGGUUGGGCUGGCAAAGGCUCUUUGUCAGGGUUGGAUCUCACCUUGUCCCAUUCUGAAAUACAGAUGAUCUUGUUAACUGUUUCAUCAUUUUCUGGACCGUAUGACAAGGAAAAGACAAAGGAGCAUCAAAGGCAGUGGUCCGGUAAUCAGGAAGUUGAUGCUAAUACCACAGAUACAUUUGCCACUCAUGUGGUAGCUCUCGUUCCUGAUGGAGCGAUUGUUUCAAUCCAAGAUGUCCAUCAGCACAUGUACAUCAGUGUAGAAGGUAGUGACGAGUACAACUUGGCUGGUGUAUUGCACUAUUCUCUUGUGGGAGACCGGGCAUUAUUCAGGGUUGAAUACAGAAAACAGAGGAGAUGGUCCUCACCAGCAUUGUGGUUCUCUUUGAUAUCAUUGUAUGCAAAGAAUGCUGCAGGCAAACAAUUAAGAUUGAACUGUUGUCCUGGAUCUGGAGUUGUAAACAUAUCUGGCACUGAUGAUAGGGAUAUGACACUCUGGAGAAUAUUUUCUUGGAUGCCUGGAGGUCAAGAUGAUACGAGCUGGGAACCAUUCAACCAGUUUGCUAAAAGAACUUUUUAUCUAGUGAACAAGAACAAUGACUGUGGUAUUGCCUUUAUUGAUGGGGUUCCAAAGUUUGUCAGAAAACCUGGAAAUCCGUUUAAGUUUAAAAUUAUCCAUGACUUUCCUACAGUUCAUGGUGUUGCUAAUAUGAACCAUUAUCUUACUGGGACCCCUGAAACCAGUCGUGAACAAAAUUCGCACAUGGAUGAGAGAAUAUCUGAAACUGAUGGGUUGCUUCCAAGAAUCGAUAUUUCAAUUUAUAUCUCUCUCACCAUCGUUCAUGACAUAUCUGAUACGAAUGAAAUAUUGCCUAUCAUUCGUGGUUGCCUCAGUAAUAUGAAACUGACCCUACAAAUAUUAUCAAAUAAAACCAGGGUUCUUUGCACAUCCAAUGCUGAAUUACAUUAUUUUGACGCGCAAAGAAAUUUAUGGCAAGGGAUUCUCAACCCAGUUGACUUUUGCCUUUAUUACCGUUUCAGUGCUAAUAGCAGUAGAACAAUUUUGCAUGGGGUUCCUGUGCAUAUCUAUUGUAGAAUGGAGGAGUUGGACAUAUCCUUAAAUGAGACCUCGCUGGAUGUAAUUCUCUUUGUUGUUGGGAAACUAGACUUGGCUGGACCGUAUGCAGUGAGAAGCUCUAUUAUUCGUCCAAAUUGUUGCAAGGUGGAAAACCGGUUUGGGGUCAACCUUCUCUGUCAUUUCCACAACAAGCAGAGUCUGACGAUAGGAAGAUUUCAGUCUACUUUCAUUUCUCUGAGGCAACCAGGACCACCAGACCAACCUCUUGAGAGUGGAUCAGUUAUUUCAUUUCAACUAAGUGAAACUGAAAAUUUUACUACUCCUAUCCAUAUUUGCGAGUUACAAGCUCAAACAUUUGCUUGGAGAACACGUAUAAAAUCUGUGAAAGAUUCAAGAACUUAUCCAGGACCGCUUUUUGUGGUUGACAUUUCUCAGCAUCAUGAGGAUGGUUUGUCAAUUGUGGUUUCCCCUCUGACGAGAAUACACAAUGAAAGUGGUCUAACCAUGGAACUUCGAUUUCGACGAAAACAACCAAAAGAAGAUGAAUGUGCUUCUGUUUUGCUAAAACCUGGAGAUGUGAUUGAUGAUUCAAUGGCAAUGUUUGAUGCUUUAAAUUCUUCUGGUGGAUCGAGAAAGGCAUUAAUGUCUCUAAGUGUUGGAAACUUCCUUCUUUCUUUUAGACCAGUGCUGACUGAUAAAUUGAUGAAUUUUAAGAACUCAAGGUCAGUUGAGUGGUCAGAUGAUUUUAAAGGUGAAAAGGCAGUGCAUUUGUCUGGAACUUUUGAUAAGUUAAGCUACAAAGUCAGAAAGGCUUUACUGGUUGGAUCGGAGAAGUACUCCUUUAGCACAGCGAGUUGUAAGCUGUUAGUUGAUGAUGGACGUGAAAACUACUUGCACUUUCUGAUUCAGUGCAUUGGUAAGGAUGUCCAAAUAAUGCGGCCUGAUGAAUCUGGGCAUAGGGUUGAUAAUAGCCGUUCAUCUGAUUUGCUGGUGCAAAAACAGAUUUUUCUUCUUCCUACUGUACGAGUGUCCAAUUCCUUGUAUUCAGAGAUACAAGUGCUUUUAAGUGAGACAGAAACUAGUACCAUAAAUGAGAAUUCACAUAUUGGAACCAGGGCAACUAUAUCAUCCGAAUCAACAGCUGAUUUCUAUGUGAACCCUGCGAUAAUUUUCUUUUCUGUUACAUUAACUGCAUUAAAUUCAACUUGCAAAUCGGUGAGUAGCGGCGAUUUUGUGAAGAAGCUAAUGAAGCAGAAAGGGAAAGUCCAAUCCGUAGACAUCGAUCUUGAUUUUGGUGGUGGAAAGUACUUCGCUUCCUUAAGAUUGGCUCGUGGCUACAGAGGCAUAUUAGAGGUAACCGUUUUUACACCGUAUGCCCUGAAGAAUGACACAAAUUUGAUGCUGCAUUUUCUUGCUUCAAAUAAGAAGACCCUUUACAGGGAUGUAGAAAAGAAUGGUUUCUGUCCUCCGAAUUUAGGAAUAAGUUUGCCUCCACGCUGCAGUUGUUCAUGGUUCUUAAAGUCCAAAAAGGUGUUUGUACAGUUGUCAGAAAAUGAUACAUCUGAAUCUCUACUUGACUUGGAUGCUCUAUCUGGCUUCACAGAAUUAAACUUGCAAACUCAAGAAGAUGGUGUAGUAUUUUGUAUCAAACUUGGUGUUUCUUUGGGAUCACUGUUGAGAAAUGUGGUAUUGCCGUCCCAACUUGUUACUAUAGUCCCGCGAUAUGUGGUGAUUAAUGAAUCAAAAGAAAAUAUUACUGUCCGUCAGUGUUAUUUACAGAAUGAUGAAGGAAGCACAAUCCAAGUCGACAGUAAACAGAAAGCAACACUAAAACUGCAGGAUGGAAUCCAGAAGCCUAGAGGAUACAGUCUAAUUGAAAAUUUUGUGAAGAAGCAUUCAAAAUCUAUGGACGAUUCCUUAAAAUUUAUUCAGUUCCACCUUACUGACUCUGAUUUGAGUUGGUCUGGUCCAAUAUGCAUUGCUUCAUUGGGACGAUUUUACCUCAAAUUCAAAAAGCAGCCCAACCAAGAAGCUUUGGAAGGCACUAGUAUGAUUGAAUUUGCUGCAGUUCAUGUGGUGGAAGAAGGUUCAACAUUAAGUUUACACUUCCAUAAACCACCAAAUACCAACCUUCCAUACAGGAUUGAGAAUUGUCUGCGCGAUUUUUCUGUUACAUUCUAUCAGAAGGAUGUUGUGGAGCCGGAGGUUCUAGGAUCUCUAUGUAGCGCUGACUAUGUCUGGGAUGAUCUGACUCUUCCGCAUGAACUUGUAGUCCAAAUUAACGAGAGCCUUCGUGAAAUUAACUUGGAUAAGUUGUGCGCAUGGAAGCCUUUAUAUAAGUCUAGGCAACAAGGAGGCUUGGCACAUCAAACAGUAUCCAGCAACUUUAAUGGCCGGGAGAUUGUGAAGGUUGGCUACGAAAUAUAUGCCGAUGGUCCGACCAGGGUUCUACGUAUUUGUGAAAAAUCUGAUUGUCAUAAAGGAGAUUCAGUGAUUCCAUCAUCUGAAAAAUUUGAACUCAGAAUUUCUAAUAUCACAGUUCACUUACUUGAAUGUUGGAGGCAGGAUGAAUAUGGGAGUGAGCCAUCAGCAUUUAGGCCACUUGUAGCUGCUAGACUCAGGGACAUUAGUUUGGACUCGGUGUUCACAGAGCAGCAGAAAUAUAACCAGGUUACUAUUCAGUCAUUGAGAUUGGAGGAAAAGAGAGUAGGAGCUACUUUUGCUGCCAUGCUUCGUAGGCAUCAACUUGAUUACAGUGACUCAAAUGACUGUGAUCUCAAAAUUGUCUGCGUCCUGAACUCGACCAGCUUUCAUGUCAAGCAAGUGAAAUAUUUUUCUAUUGUUCUGCAGCCAAUUGAUUUGAACCUUGAUGAGGAAACCUUGAUGAGGAUUGCUCCAUUCGGGAGAACAUCUCUUAGCAGCUCAAAAACUGGGAGCCAGCAAUACUAUUUUGACCAUUUUGAGAUCCACCCGAUAAAGAUUUUUGCAAAUUUCCUUCCUGAGGAAUCAUAUUCAAGUUAUAGUUCUACACAGGAAACUCUGAGGACCUUACUACAUAGCGUAGUAAAGAUCCCUGCGAUGAAAAAUGUAGUUGUUGAGCUCAAUGGUGUUCUAGUUACUCAUGCUUUGAUCACAAUGCGCGAAUUAUUUCUUAGAUGUGCUCAACAUUAUUCAUGGUAUGCCAUUAGGGCCAUCUAUAUUGCAAAAGGAAGUUCAUUGCUCCCUCCAGAUUUUAUUUCCAUCUUUGAUGAUUUGUCUUCAUCUUCCUUAGAUGUCUUCUUUGAUCCCUCUCGUGGGUUUAUGGGUUUUCCAGGGACUUUUAAGUUUAUCAAGAAAUGUAUUGGUGUGAAAAGGGGGUCAGGUACCAAACGCUAUUUUGGAGAUUUAGGGAAAACUUUGAGGACAGCAGGGUCAAAUGUUAUGUUUGCUGCUAUAACUGAGAUUUCAGACUCUGUUCUCAAGGGAGCAGAAGCAAGUGGUUUUAGUGGAAUGGUGAGCGGAUUUCACCAAGGAAUACUCAAGAUAGCCAUGGAGCCAUCUUUACUUGGGAGUGCUUUGAUGCAAGGUGGCCCAGAUAGAAAGAUCAAACUUGAUCGAAGCCCAGGAGCUGAUGAGUUAUAUAUUGAAGGCUACCUGCAAGCUACGCUGGAUACAAUAUACAGACAAGAAUAUCUUAGAGUUAGAGUCAUUGACAAUCAGGUAUGCCUUAAAAAUCUUCCCCCAAACACGCCUCUGAUAAAUGAGAUCGUGGAACAUGUGAAAGGAUUUCUUGUUAGCAAAGGAUUGUUAAAGGGAGAUCCAGCAAUGGGUACUCGUCCUUUUCCCCAUCUUCAACGCGAUAGUGAAUGGAAGAUUGGGCCGACAGUGCGAACGCUGUGUGAGCACCUCUUUGUAAGUUUUGCAAUCCGUAUGCUGAGAAAAGGUGUGAAACAGAUUGUGGUCAGGAUUCCUAAGAACAAAGAAUCGAACUCUGAUGGUCAAGAAUCCAAUCUUUCCUUAGUUCCGACUGGCAAGGGACGCAAAGGUAAGUUCAUCUGGACUAUGGGAAUUGGCAAGUUUAUGCUGUCUGGUAUGUUAGCAUAUAUUGAUGGCCGGCUGUGCCGUAAUAUCCCUCAUCCUAUUGCCCGGCGGAUUGUAAGCGGCUUUCUCUUGACUCUCCUUGACAGUAAUGACAAGGAAUAAUUUUGUUGUCUGUUCUAUAUUCUUUUGUCAUGUAGAAGCGCCAAACAGGCCAUCUGCUGCGUAAUGGUAAAUAUAUUGAGCAAGCUUAUUUGCAAAGGAUAUAUUAUUAGAAGUUGGUA